GACACACCUACUCCAACUUUCUCAGCAGCCUCUCCGGCUGCGGGCUGCGCGCCUUCCUGCUCCGAGUCUCUGCACCUCCCUCCGGGGCCUGUCAGCCUGGCCCUCGUGAGAGGGGCGCCAACCCAGCAGCCUGCUCUGGGGCACUCUCCCCUACCUGAAGGGCACAGGGUUUUGGGAGUUUUCCACCAUGACUAUUGCCCUGCUGGGUUUUGCCAUAUUCUUGCUCCAUUGUGCGACCUGUGAGAAGCCUCUAGAAGGGAUUCUCUCCUCCUCUGCUUGGCACUUCACACACUCCCAUUACAAUGCCACCAUCUAUGAAAAUUCUUCUCCCAAGACCUAUGUGGAGAGCUUCGAGAAAAUGGGCAUCUACCUCGCGGAGCCACAGUGGGCAGUGAGGUACCGGAUCAUCUCUGGGGAUGUGGCCAAUGUAUUUAAAACUGAGGAGUAUGUGGUGGGCAACUUCUGCUUCCUAAGAAUAAGGACAAAGAGCAGCAACACAGCUCUUCUGAACAGAGAGGUGCGAGACAGCUACACCCUCAUCAUCCAAGCCACAGAGAAGACCUUGGAGUUGGAAGCUUUGACCCGCGUGGUGGUCCACAUCCUGGACCAGAAUGACCUGAAGCCUCUCUUCUCUCCACCUUCGUACAGAGUCACCAUCUCUGAGGACAUGCCCCUGAAGAGCCCCAUCUGCAAGGUGACUGCCACAGAUGCUGAUCUAGGCCAGAAUGCUGAGUUCUAUUAUGCCUUUAACACAAGGUCAGAGAUAUUUGCCAUCCAUCCCACCAGCGGCGUGGUCACUGUGGCUGGGAAGCUUAACGUCACCUGGCGAGGGAAGCAUGAGCUCCAGGUGCUAGCUGUGGACCGCAUGCGGAAAAUCUCUGAGGGCAAUGGGUUUGGCAGCCUGGCUGCACUUGUGAUUCAUGUGGAGCCUGCCCUCAGGAAGCCCCCAGCCAUUGCUUCGGUGGUGGUGACUCCACCAGACAGCAAUGAUGGUACCACCUAUGCCACUGUACUGGUUGAUGCAAAUAGCUCAGGAGCUGAAGUGGAGUCAGUGGAAGUUGUUGGUGGUGACCCUGGAAAGCACUUCAAAGCCAUCAAGUCUUAUGCCCGGAGUAAUGAGUUCAGUUUGGUGUCUGUCAAAGACAUCAACUGGAUGGAGUACCUUCAUGGAUUCAACCUCAGCCUCCAGGCCAGGAGUGGGAGUGGCCCUUAUUUUUAUUCCCAAAUCAGGGGCUUUCACCUACCACCUUCCAAAUUGUCUUCCCUCAAAUUUGAGAAGGCUGUUUACAGAGUGCAGCUUAGUGAGUUUUCCCCUCCUGGCAGCCGCGUGGUGAUGGUGAGAGUCACCCCAGCCUUCCCCAACCUGCAGUAUGUUCUAAAGCCAUCUUCAGAGAAUGUAGAAUUUAAACUUAAUGCUCGAACUGGGUUGAUCACUACCACAAAGCUCAUGGACUUCCACGACAGAGCUCACUAUCAGCUACACAUCAGAACCUCACCGGGCCACGCCUCCACCAUGGUGGUCAUUGACAUUGUGGACUGCAACAACCAUGCCCCCCUCUUCAACAGGUCUUCCUAUGAUGGCACCUUGGAUGAGAACAUCCCUCCAGGCACCAGUGUUUUGGCUGUGACUGCCACUGACCGGGAUCAUGGGGAAAAUGGAUAUGUCACCUAUUCCAUUGCUGGACCAAAAGCUUUGCCAUUUUCUAUUGACCCUUACCUGGGGAUCAUCUCCACCUCCAAACCCAUGGACUAUGAACUCAUGAAAAGAAUUUAUACCUUCCGGGUAAGAGCAUCAGACUGGGGAUCCCCUUUUCGCCGGGAGAAGGAAGUGUCCAUUUUUCUUCAGCUCAGGAACUUGAAUGACAACCAGCCUAUGUUUGAAGAAGUCAACUGUACGGGGUCUAUCCACCAAGACUGGCCAGUAGGGAAAUCGAUAAUGACUAUGUCAGCCAUAGAUGUGGAUGAGCUUCAGAACCUAAAAUACGAGAUUGUAUCAGGCAAUGAACUAGAGUAUUUUGAUCUAAAUCAUUUCUCUGGAGUGAUAUCCCUCAAACGCCCUUUUAUCAAUCUUACUGCUGGUCAACCCACCAGUUAUUCCCUGAAAAUUACAGCCUCAGAUGGCAAAAACUAUGCCUCACCCACAACUUUGAAUAUUACCGUAGUGAAGGACUCUCAUUUUGAAGUUCCUGUGACAUGUGAUAAAACAGGGGUAUUGACACAAUUCACAAAGACUAUCCUCCACUCUAUUGGGCUUCAGAACCAGGAGUCCAGUGAUGAGGAAUUCACUUCUUUAAGCACAUAUCAGAUUAAUCAUUACACCCCACAGUUUGAGGACCACUUCCCCCAGUCCAUUGAUGUCCUUGAGAGUGUCCCUAUCAACACCCCCUUGGCCCGCCUAGCAGCCACUGACCCUGAUGCUGGUUUUAAUGGCAAACUGGUCUAUGUGAUUGCAGAUGGCAAUGAGGAGGGCUGCUUUGACAUAGAGCUGGAGACAGGGCUGCUCACUGUAGCUGCUCCCUUGGACUAUGAAACCAACAAUUUCUACAUCCUCAAUGUAACAGUAUAUGACCUGGGCACACCCCAGAAGUCCUCCUGGAAGCUGCUGACAGUGAAUGUGAAAGACUGGAAUGACAACGCACCCAGAUUUCCUCCCGGUGGGUACCAGUUAACCAUCUCAGAGGACACAGAAGUUGGAACCACAAUUGCAGAGCUGACGACCAAAGAUGCUGACUCAGAAGACAAUGGCAGGGUUCGCUACAGCCUGCUAAGUCCCACAGAGAAGUUCUCCCUCCACCCUCUCACUGGGGAACUGGUUGUUACAGGACACCUGGACCGCGAAUCAGACCCUCGGUACAUACUCAAGGUGGAGGCCAGGGAUCAGCCCAGCAAGGGCCACCAGCUCUUCUCUGUCACUGACCUGAUAAUCACGUUGGAGGAUGUCAACGACAACUCUCCCCAGUGCAUCACAGAACGCAACAGGCUGAAAGUCCCAGAGGACCUGCCCCCCGGGACUGUCUUGACAUUUCUGGAUGCCUCUGAUCCUGACCUGGGCCCUGCAGGUGAAGUGCGGUAUGUUCUGAUGGAUGGCGCCCAUGGGACCUUCCGGGUGGACCUGAUGACAGGGGCGCUCAUUCUGGAGAGAGAGCUGGACUUUGAGAGGCGAGCUGGGUACAAUCUGAGCCUGUGGGCCAGUGAUAGUGGGAGGCCCCUAGCCCGAAGGACCCUCUGCCAUGUGGAGGUGAUCGUCCUGGAUGUGAAUGAGAAUCUCCACCCUCCCCACUUUGCCUCCUUCGUGCACCAGGGCCAGGUGCAGGAGAACAGCCCCUCAGGAACUCAGGUGAUUGUAGUGGCUGCCCAGGACGAUGACAGUGGCUUGGAUGGGGAGCUCCAGUACUUCCUGCGCGCUGGCACUGGACUCGCAGCCUUCAGCAUCAACCAAGACACAGGAAUGAUUCAGACUCUGGCACCCCUGGACCGAGAAUUUGCAUCUUACUACUGGUUGACGGUAUUAGCAGUGGACAGGGGUUCUGUGCCCCUCUCUUCUGUAACUGAAGUCUACAUUGAGGUUACGGAUGCCAAUGACAACCCACCCCAGAUGUCCCAAGCUGUGUUCUACCCCUCCAUCCAGGAGGAUGCUCCCGUGGGCACCUCUGUGCUUCAACUGGAUGCCUGGGACCCAGACUCCAGCUCCAAAGGGAAGCUGACCUUCAACAUCACCAGUGGGAACCACAUGGGAUUCUUUAUGAUUCACCCUGUUACAGGUCUCCUAUCUACAGCCCAGCAGCUGGACAGAGAGAACAAGGAUGAACACAUCCUGGAGGUGACUGUGCUGGACAAUGGGGAACCCUCACUGAAGUCCACCUCCAGGGUGGUGGUAGGCAUCUUGGACGUCAAUGACAAUCCACCUGUAUUCUCCCACAAGCUCUUCAAUGUCCGCCUUCCAGAGAGGCUGAGCCCUGUGUCCCCUGGGCCUGUGUACAGGCUGGUGGCUUCAGACCUGGAUGAGGGUCUUAAUGGCAGAGUCACCUACAGUAUCGAGGACAGCGAUGAGGAGGCCUUCAGUAUCGACCCGGUCACAGGUGUGGUGUCAUCCAGCAGCACUUUUACAGCUGGAGAGUACAACAUCCUAACGAUCAAGGCAACAGACAGUGGGCAGCCACCACUCUCAGCCAGUGUCCGGCUACACAUUGAGUGGAUCCCUCGGCCUCGGCCGUCCUCCAUCCCUCUGGCCUUUGAUGAGACCUACUACAGCUUUACGGUCAUGGAGACGGACCCUGUGAACCACAUGGUGGGGGUCAUCAGCGUAGAGGGCAGACCCGGACUCUUCUGGUUCAACAUCUCAGGUGGGGAUAAGGAUAUGGACUUUGACAUUGAGAAGACCACAGGCAGCAUCGUCAUUGCCAGGCCUCUUGAUACCAGGAGAAGGUUGAACUAUAACUUGACUGUCGAGGUGACAGAUGGGUCCCGCACCAUUGCCACCCAGGUCCACAUCUUCAUGAUUGCCAACAUUAACCACCAUCGGCCCCAGUUUCUGGAAACUCAUUAUGAGGUCAGAGUUCCCCAGGACACCGUGCCAGGGGUAGAGCUCCUCCGAGUCCAGGCCAUAGAUCAAGACAAGGGCAAAAGCCUCAUCUAUACCAUACAUGGCAGCCAAGACCCAGGAAGUGCCGGCCUCUUCCAGUUGGACCCAAGCAGUGGUGUCCUGGUAACGGUGGGAAAAUUGGACCUCGGCUCGGGGCCCUCCCAGCACACACUGACAGUCAUGGUCCGAGACCAGGAAAUACCUAUCAAGAGGAACUUCGUGUGGGUGACCAUUCAUGUGGAGGAUGGAAACCUCCACCCACCCCGCUUCACCCAGCUCCAUUAUGAGGCAAGUGUUCCUGACACCAUAGCCCCCGGCACAGAGCUGCUGCAGGUCCAAGCCAUAGAUGCCGACCGGGGAGUCAAUGCUGAGGUCCACUACUCCCUCCUGAAAGGGAACAGCAAAGGUUUCUUCAACAUCAAUGCCCUGCUAGGCAUCAUUACUCUAGCUCAAAAGCUUGAUCAGGCAAAUCAUGCCCCACAUACUCUGACAGUGAAGGCAGAAGAUCAAGGCUCCCCACAAUGGCAUGACCUGGCUACAGUGAUCAUUCAUGUCUAUCCCUCAGAUAGGAGUGCCCCCAUCUUUUCAAAAUCUGAGUACUUUGUAGAGAUCCCUGAAUCAAUCCCUGUUGGUUCCCCAAUCCUCCUUGUCUCUGCUAUGAGCUCCUCUGAAGUUACCUAUGAGUUAAGAGAAGGAAAUAAGGAUGGAGUCUUCUCUAUGAACUCAUAUUCUGGCCUUAUUUCCACCCAGAAGAACUUGGACCAUGAGAAAAUCUCAUCUUACCAGCUGAAAAUCCGAGGCAGCAAUAUGGCAGGUGCAUUUACUGAUGUCAUGGUGGUGGUUGACAUAAUUGAUGAAAAUGACAAUGCUCCUAUGUUCUUAAAGUCAACUUUCGUGGGCCAAAUUAGUGAAGCAGCUCCACUGUACAGCAUGAUCAUGGAUAAAAACAACAACCCCUUUGUGAUUCAUGCCUCUGACAGUGACAAAGAAGCUAAUUCCUUGUUGGUCUAUAAAAUUUUGGAGCCGGAGGCCUUGAAGUUUUUCAAAAUUGAUCCCAGCAUGGGAACCCUAACCAUUGUAUCAGAGAUGGAUUAUGAGAGCAUGCCCUCUUUCCAAUUCUGUGUCUAUGUCCGUGACCAAGGAAGCCCCAUAUUAUUUGCACCCAGACCUGCCCAAGUCAUCAUUCAUGUCAGAGAUGUGAAUGAUUCUCCUCCCAGGUUCUCAGAACAGAUAUAUGAGGUAGCAAUAGUGGGGCCUAUCCAUCCAGGCAUGGAGCUUCUCAUGGUGCAGGCCAGCGAUGAAGACUCAGAAGUCAAUUAUAGCAUCAAAACUGGCAAUGCUGAUGAAGCUGUUACCAUCCAUCCUGUCACUGGUAGCAUAUCUGUGCUGAAUCCUGCUUUCCUGGGACUCUCUCGGAAGCUCACCAUCAGGGCUUCUGAUGGCUUGUAUCAAGACACUGCGCUGGUAAAAAUUUCUUUGACCCAAGUGCUUGACAAAAGCUUGCAGUUUGAUCAGGAUGUCUAUAGGGCAGCUGUGAAGGAGAACUUGCAGGACAGAAAGGCCCUGGUGAUUCUUGGUGCCCAGGGCAAUCAUUUGAAUGACACCCUUUCCUACUUCCUCUUGAACGGCACAGAUAUGUUUCAUAUGGUCCAGUCAGCAGGCGUGUUGCAGACAAGGGGUGUGGUGUUUGACCGGGAGCAGCAGGACACUCACGAGCUGGCAGUGGAAGUGAGGGACAAUCGGACACCUCAGCGGGUGGCUCAGGCUUUGGUCAGAGUCUCUAUUGAGGAUGUCAAUGACAAUCCCCCCAAAUUUAAGCAUCUGCCCUAUUACACAAUCAUCCAAGAUGGCACAGAGCCAGGGGAUGUCCUCUUUCAGGUAUCUGCCACUGAUGAGGACUUGGGGACAAAUGGGGCUGUUACAUAUGAAUUUGCAGAAGAUUACACAUAUUUCCGAAUUGACCCCUAUCUUGGGGACAUAUCACUCAAGAAACCCUUUGAUUAUCAAGCUUUAAAUAAGUAUCACCUCAAAGUCAUUGCUCGGGAUGGAGGAACGCCAUCCCUCCAGAGUGAGGAAGAGGUACUUGUCACUGUGAGAAAUAAAUCCAACCCACUGUUUCAGAGUCCUUACUACAAAGUCAGAGUACCUGAAAAUAUCACCCUCUAUACACCAAUUCUCCACACCCAGGCCCGGAGUCCAGAGGGACUCCGGCUCAUCUACAACAUUGUGGAGGAAGAACCCUUGAUGCUGUUCACCACUGACUUCAAGACUGGUGUCCUAACAGUAACAGGGCCUUUGGACUAUGAGUCCAAGACCAAACAUGUGUUCACAGUCAGAGCCACAGAUACAGCUCUGGGGUCAUUUUCUGAAGCCACAGUGGAAGUCCUAGUGGAGGAUGUCAAUGAUAACCCUCCCACUUUUUCCCAAUUGGUCUAUACCACUUCCAUCUCAGAAGGCUUGCCUGCUCAGACCCCUGUGAUCCAACUGUUGGCUUCUGACCAGGACUCAGGGCGGAAUCGUGAUGUCUCUUAUCAGAUUGUGGAGGAUGGCUCAGAUGUUUCCAAGUUCUUCCAGAUCAAUGGGAGCACAGGGGAGAUGUCCACAGUUCAAGAACUGGAUUAUGAAGCCCAACAACACUUUCAUGUGAAAGUCAGGGCCAUGGAUAAAGGAGAUCCCCCACUCACUGGUGAAACCCUUGUGGUUGUCAAUGUGUCUGAUAUCAAUGACAACCCCCCAGAGUUCAGACAACCUCAGUAUGAAGCCAAUGUCAGUGAACUGGCAACCUGUGGACACCUGGUUCUUAAAGUCCAGGCCAUUGACCCUGACAGCAGAGACACCUCCCGCCUGGAGUACCUGAUUCUUUCUGGCAAUCAGGACAGGCACUUCUCCAUUAACAGCUCAUCGGGAAUAAUUUCUAUGUUCAACCUUUGCAAAAAGCACCUGGACUCUUCUUACAAUUUGAGGGUAGGUGCUUCUGAUGGAGUCUUCCGAGCAACUGUGCCCGUGUACAUCAACACUACAAAUGCCAACAAGUACAGCCCAGAGUUCCAGCAGCACCUUUAUGAGGCAGAAUUAGCAGAGAACGCAAUGGUUGGAACCAAGGUGAUUGAUUUGCUAGCCAUAGACAAAGAUAGUGGUCCCUAUGGCACUGUAGAUUAUACUAUCAUCAAUAAACUAGCAAGUGAGAAGUUCUCCAUAAACCCCAAUGGCCAGAUUGCCACUCUGCAGAAACUGGAUCGGGAAAAUUCAACAGAGAGAGUCAUUGCUAUUAAGGUCAUGGCUCGGGAUGGAGGAGGAAGAGUAGCCUUCUGCACGGUGAAGAUCAUCCUCACAGAUGAAAAUGACAACCCCCCACAGUUCAAAGCAUCUGAGUACACAGUAUCCAUUCAAUCCAAUGUCAGUAAAGACUCUCCGGUUAUCCAGGUGUUGGCCUAUGAUGCAGAUGAAGGUCAGAAUGCAGAUGUCACCUACUCAGUGAACCCAGAGGACCUAGUUAAAGAUGUCAUUGAAAUUAACCCAGUCACUGGUGUGGUCAAGGUGAAAGACAGCCUGGUGGGAUUGGAAAAUCAGACCCUUGACUUCUUCAUCAAAGCCCAAGAUGGAGGCCCUCCUCACUGGAACUCUCUGGUGCCAGUACGACUUCAGGUGGUUCCUAAAAAAGUAUCCUUACCGAAAUUUUCUGAACCUUUGUAUACUUUCUCUGCACCUGAAGACCUUCCAGAGGGGUCUGAAAUUGGGACUGUUAAAGCAGUGGCAGCUCAAGAUCCAGUCAUCUACAGUCUAGUGCGGGGCACCACACCUGAGAGCAACAAGGAUGGUGUCUUCUCCCUAGACCCAGACACAGGGGUCAUAAAGGUGAGGAAGCCCAUGGACCAUGAAUCCACCAAAUUGUACCAGAUUGAUGUGAUGGCACAUUGCCUUCAGAACACUGACGUGGUGUCCUUGGUCUCUGUCAACAUCCAAGUGGGAGACGUCAAUGACAAUAGGCCUGUAUUUGAGGCUGAUCCAUAUAAGGCUGUCCUCACUGAGAAUAUGCCAGUGGGGACCUCAGUCAUUCAAGUGACUGCCAUUGACAAGGACACUGGGAGAGAUGGCCAGGUGAGCUACAGGCUGUCUGCAGACCCUGGUAGCAAUGUCCAUGAGCUCUUUGCCAUUGACAGUGAGAGUGGUUGGAUCACCACACUCCAGGAACUUGACUGUGAGACCUGCCAGACUUAUCAUUUUCAUCUGGUGGCCUAUGACCACGGACAGACCAUCCAGCUAUCCUCUCAGGCCCUGGUUCAGGUCUCCAUUACAGAUGAGAAUGACAAUGCUCCCCGAUUUGCUUCUGAAGAGUACAGAGGAUCUGUGGUUGAGAACAGUGAGCCUGGCGAACUGGUGGUGACUUUAAAGACCCUGGAUGCUGACAUUUCUGAGCAGAACAGGCAGGUCACCUGCUACAUCACAGAGGGAGACCCCCUGGGCCAGUUUGGCAUCAGCCAAGUUGGAGAUGAGUGGAGGAUUUCCUCAAGGAAGACCCUGGACCGCGAGCACACAGCCAAGUACUUGCUCAGAGUCACAGCAUCUGAUGGCAAGUUCCAGGCUUCGGUCACCGUGGAGAUCUUUGUCCUGGACGUCAAUGAUAACAGCCCACAGUGCUCACAGCUUCUCUAUACUGGCAAGGUUCAUGAAGAUGUAUUUCCAGGACACUUCAUUUUGAAGGUUUCUGCCACAGACUUGGACACUGAUACCAAUGCUCAGAUCACAUAUUCUCUGCAUGGCCCUGGGGCGCAUGAAUUCAAGCUGGAUCCUCAUACAGGGGAGCUGACCACACUCACAGCCCUAGACCGAGAAAGGAAGGAUGUGUUCAACCUCGUUGCCAAGGCGACGGAUGGAGGUGGCCGAUCAUGCCAGGCAGACGUCACCCUCCAUGUGGAGGAUGUGAAUGACAAUGCGCCGCGGUUCUUCCCCAGCCACUGUGCUGUGGCUGUCUUCGACAACACCACAGUGAAGACCCCUGUGGCUGUAGUAUUUGCCCGGGAUCCCGACCAAGGCGCCAAUGCCCAGGUGGUUUACUCUCUGCCGGAUUCAGCCGAAGGCCACUUUUCCAUCGACGCCACCACGGGGGUGAUCCGCCUGGAAAAGCCGCUGCAGGUCAGGCCCCAGGCACCACUGGAGCUCACAGUCCGUGCCUCCGACCUGGGAACCCCAAUACCGCUGUCCACGCUGGGCACUGUCACGGUCUCGGUGGUGGGCCUAGAAGACUACCUGCCCGUGUUCCUGAACACCGAGCACAGCGUGCAGGUGCCCGAGGAUGCCCCGCCUGGCACGGAGGUGCUGCAGCUGGCCACCCUCACUCGCCCGGGCGCAGAGAAGACUGGCUACCGCGUGGUCAGCGGGAACGAGCAAGGCAGGUUCCGCCUGGAUGCUCGCACAGGGAUCCUGUAUGUCAACGCAAGCCUGGACUUUGAGACAAGCCCCAAGUACUUCCUGUCCAUUGAGUGCAGCCGGAAGAGCUCCUCUUCCCUCAGUGACGUGACCACAGUCAUGGUCAACAUCACUGAUGUCAAUGAACACCAGCCCCAAUUCCCCCAAGAUCCAUAUAGCACAAGGGUCUUAGAGAAUGCCCUUGUAGGUGACGUCAUCCUCACGGUAUCAGCGACUGAUGAAGAUGGACCCCUAAAUAGUGACAUUACCUAUAGCCUCGUAGGAGGGAACCAGCUUGGGCACUUCACCAUUCACCCCAAAAAGGGGGAGCUACAGGUGGCCAAGGCCCUGGACCGGGAACAGGCCUCUAGUUAUUCCCUGAAGCUCCGAGCCACAGACAGUGGGCAGCCUCCACUGCAUGAGGACACAGACAUCGCUAUCCAAGUGGCUGAUGUCAAUGAUAACCCACCGAGAUUCUUCCAGCUCAACUACAGCACCACUGUCCAGGAGAAUUCCCCCAUUGGCAGCAAAGUUCUGCAGCUGAUCCUGAGUGACCUGGACUCUCCAGAGAAUGGCCCCCCCUACUCGUUUCGAAUCACCAAGGGGAACAAUGGCUCUGUCUUCCGAGUGACCCCGGAUGGAUGGCUGGUGACUGCUGAGGGCCUAAGCAGGAGGGCCCAGGAAUGGUAUCAGCUUCAGAUCCAGGCGUCAGACAGUGGCAUCCCUCCCCUCUCCUCUUCGACGUCUGUCCGUGUCCAUGUCACAGAGCAGAGCCACUAUGCACCUUCUGCUCUCCCACUGGAGAUCUUCAUCACUGUUGGGGAGGAGGAGUUCCAGGGUGGCAUGGUGGGUAAGAUCCAUGCCACAGACCGAGACCCCCAGGACACGCUGACCUAUAGCCUGGCAGAAGAGGAGACCCUGGGCAGGCACUUCUCAGUAGGUGCGCCUGAUGGCAAGAUUAUCGCCGCCCAGGGCCUGCCUCGUGGCCACUACUCGUUCAACGUCACGGUCAGCGAUGGGACCUUCACCACGACUGCUGGGGUCCAUGUGUACGUGUGGCAUGUGGGGCAGGAGGCUCUGCAGCAGGCCAUGUGGAUGGGCUUCUACCAGCUCACCCCCGAGGAGCUGGUGAGUGACCACUGGCGGAACCUGCAGAGGUUCCUCAGCCAUAAGCUGGACAUCAAACGGGCUAACAUUCACUUGGCCAGCCUCCAGCCUGCAGAGGCCGUGGCUGGUGUGGACGUGCUCCUGGUCUUUGAGGGGCAUUCUGGAACCUUCUACGAGUUCCAGGAGCUAGCAUCCAUCAUCACUCACUCAGCCAAGGAGAUGGAGCAUUCAGUGGGGGUUCAGAUGCGGUCAGCUAUGCCCAUGGUGCCCUGCCAGGGGCCAACCUGCCAGGGUCAAAUCUGCCAUAACACAGUGCAUCUGGACCCCAAUGUUGGGCCCACGUACAGCACCGCCAGGCUCAGCAUCCUAACCCCGCGGCACCACCUGCAGAGGAGCUGCUCCUGCAAUGGUACUGCUACAAGGUUCAGUGGUCAGAGCUAUGUGCGGUACAGGGCCCCAGCGGCUCGGAACUGGCACAUCCAUUUCUAUCUGAAAACACUCCAGCCACAGGCCAUUGUCCUAUUCACCAAUGAAACAGCGUCCAUCUCCCUGAAGCUGGCCAGUGGAGUGCCCCAGCUGGAAUACCACUGUCUGGGUGGUUUCUAUGGAAACCUUUCCUCCCAGCGCCAUGUGAAUGACCACGAGUGGCACUCCAUCCUGGUGGAGGAGAUGGACGCUUCCAUUCGCCUGAUGGUUGACAGCAUGGGCAACACCUCCCUUGUGGUCCCGGAGAACUGCCGUGGUCUGAGGCCCGAAAGACACCUCUUGCUGGGCGGCCUCGUCCUGUUGCAUUCUUCCUCGAAUGUCUCCCAGGGCUUUGAAGGCUGCCUGGAUGCUGUCGUGGUCAACGAAGAGGCUCUAGAUCUGCUGGCCCCUGGCAAGACGGUGGCAGGCUUGCUGGAGACACAAGCCCUCACCCAGUGCUGCCUCCACAGUGACUACUGCAGCCAGAACCCAUGCCUCAAUGGUGGGAAGUGCUCAUGGACCCAUGGGGCAGGCUAUGUCUGCAAAUGUCCCCCACAGUUCUCUGGGAAGCACUGUGAACAAGGAAGGGAGAACUGUACUUUUGCACCCUGCCUGGAAGGUGGAACCUGCAUCCUCUCCCCCAAAGGAGCUUCCUGUAACUGCCCUCAUCCUUACACAGGAGACAGGUGUGAAAUGGAGGCAAGGGGUUGUUCAGAAGGACACUGCCUAGUCACUCCCGAGAUCAAAAGGGGGGACUGGGGGCAGCAGGAGUUACUGAUCAUCACAGUGGCCAUGGCGUUCAUUAUCAUAAGCACUGUCGGGCUUCUCUUCUACUGCCGCCGUUGCAAGUCUCACAAGCCUGUGGCCAUGGAGGACCCAGACCUCCUGGCCAGGAGUGUUGGUGUUGACACCCAAGCCAUGCCUGCCAUUGAGCUCAACCCAUUGAGUGCCAGCUCCUGCAACAACCUCAACCAACCGGAACCCAGCAAGGCCUCAGUUCCAAAUGAACUCGUCACAUUUGGACCCAAUUCUAAGCAACGGCCAGUGGUCUGCAGUGUGCCCCCCAGACUCCCACCAGCUGCGGUCCCUUCCCACUCUGACAAUGAGCCUGUCAUUAAGAGAACCUGGUCCAGCGAGGAGAUGGUGUACCCUGGCGGAGCUAUGGUCUGGCCCCCUACUUACUCCAGGAACGAACGCUGGGAAUACCCCCGCUCCGAAGUGACUCAGGGGCCUCUGCCGCCCUCGGUUCACCGCCACUCAACCCCAGUCGUGGUGCCAGAGCCCAAUGGCCUCUACGGGGGCUUCCCCUUCCCCCUGGAGAUGGAAAACAAGCGGGCACCUCUCCCACCCCGUUACAGCAACCAGAACCUGGAAGAUCUGAUGCCCUCUCGGCCCCCUAGUCCCCGGGAGCGCCUGGUUGCCCCCUGUCUCAAUGAGUACACGGCCAUCAGCUACUACCACUCGCAGUUCCGGCAGGGAGGGGGAGGGCCCUGCCUGGCAGACGGGGGCUACAAGGGGGUGAGUAUGCGCCUCAGCCGAGCUGGGCCCUCUUAUGCUGUCUGUGAGGCGGAGGGGACACCUCUUGCAGGCCAGGGCCAGCCCCGGGCACCCCCCAACUAUGAGGGCUCUGACAUGGUGGAGAGUGAUUACGGCAGCUGUGAGGAGGUCAUGUUCUAGCUUCCCAUUCCCAGAGCAAGGCAGGUGGGAGGCCAAGGACUGGACUUGGCUUAUUUCUUCCUGUCUCGUAGGGGGUGAGUUGAGUGUGGCUGGGAGAGUGGGAGGGAAGCCCCCACCCCCAGCCCAGGCUGCUGUCCCUUGAAAUGUGCUCUUCCAAUCCCCCAGUUAGUCCCUGAGGGUGGAGGGAAGCUGAGGAUAGAGCUCCAGAAACAGCACUAGGGUCCCGGGAGAGGGGCAUGCCUAGAGCAGUGACCCUGGAAGACCAGGAACAACUGACUCCCGGGGUGGGCGAGAGACAGGAGGUCUCCCUGAUCUGCCGUCUCUCAGUCCCCGGGGCAGAGCCCGAUUGACUGCUGGCUCAGCUUCGCCAAGAUGCAUUCUCAUACCUGCCCACAGCUCCAUUUUGGAGGCAGGCAGGUUGGUGCCUGACAGGCAACCACUACGUGGGCCAUACAGAGGAGCUCUAGAAGGCUGCAUGGCAUCCUCCUAGGGGCUGACAAGUGAGCAGCAGGGGAGCAGGCACAGUCCCCUGUGCCCCUGUCUCAGUUGAGCACUCACUGUGUCUUUGUCAAGUGUCUGCUCCACGUCAGGCACUGUGCUUUGCACCGGGGAGAAAAUGGUGAUGGAGGGCAACAAGGACUCCAAGGAGCAUCACCAAGCCUCGGGCCCCAGAGGUCCCGCUCCUCAGCCUACACGCAGAGGAACGGGCCCACCUCAGUCACACCACUGUCUGCCAGUCAGGGCCUGCCAGGAGUCUACGCAGCUCCGAACCUUCUUUGUUAAAGAAUUCAGACCUCAUGGAACUCUGGGUUCUUCAUCCCAAGUUUCCCAGGCACUUUUGGCCAAAGGAAGGAAGGAACUAAUUCUUCAUUUUGAAAAUUCUUAGGCACUUUUUGACCUUGCUGUCUGGAUGAGUUUCCUCAAUGGGAUUUUUCUUCCCUAGACACAAGGAACUCUGAACUCCUAUUAAAGGCAGGUUGGAAGCAGGGAGCUGGACCGCAGUGUCCAGGCUGGACACCUGCUGUUGCCUCCUCUCCAUUGCAGACGCCUGCCCAUCAAGUGUUACCUGCAGUGACUCAACCCUAUGCAUGGAGGGUCAAUGUGGGCACAUGUCUACACAUGUGGGUGCCCAUGGAUAGUACGUGUGUACCCAUGUGUAGAGUGUAUGUAGCUAGGAGUGUUGGGGACCAGAAGCCUCUGUGGCCUUUGGUGACCUCACCACUCCCUCCCACCCAGUCCCUCCCUCUGGUCCACUGCCUUUUCAUAUGUGUUGUUUCUGGAGACAGAAGUCAAAAGGAAGAGCAAUGGAGCCUUGCCCACAGGGCUGCUGCUUCACGCGAGAGGGGGCUGUGUGGCAAGAGCCAAUUUGUGUGAGUGGUUUGCGGCUGCGUGUGUGACUGUGAGUGUGAGUGACAGAUACAUAGUUUCAUUGGUCAUUUUUUUUUUUUAACAAUAAAGUAUCUUUUUUACUGUUAUUUUCUGUGUCAUUUAGCCUGUUUGGGGUCAGGGGAACCAUGCAAGGGUCCACAGGCCCUUCCAAGACUCAUGGAUUUUGGGAGCUGGAAGGGAUCCUAGAGAUUGUCAAGCAACAGAGAUUCCCAACCUGGCAAUAUUACCUACCCCAGACACAAAACCAGAACUUCUGGGGGUGGGGCCCAAGAAACUAUUUGGAAAAAACCCUCUGCCUCUGAUACAACUGUCUGCAGUGGUUCAAGCCCUUUCAUUUAGAUGAUGGGGCUCUGAGGCUCUGAGUGAUGAGUCCACUAACCAGCAGGCUAGCUAAAGCCCAGGACAAGACCUGGGGCUUCCUGCCCUUGCCAGCACCCUUUGCACUGCAUGGCAUUAGUUACGGAGAAGGGACUUAACUAUCACAAGUCUUGGGAAGCCAGCCCUCCUGGGACCCAGAGUCAGCCUGUGGCUGCUACUCCACAGCGCACCCUUAGUCGCCAGCUAAAUGUGACUUCACCAGGCAACCAUGACAACACCGAGACAGGAAAGCCCAGUCCCUGCCUUCAAGUUCCCAAUCCAGCUGGGCAAAGAAGGCACACCCGUGGGAGACACCACGCAGGCGGUGGCUCUGAGGUUGGACAGGCUUGGUUCCAAGCCCAGCUCUGUCGCACACUAAUUAUGUGGCCUUGAGCAGAUAUGACUUGGCCUCUCAUUUUUCAAAGAUAAUUUUUAGAACAGUUUUACGGCGCACAGCAAAAUUGAAUGGAAGGUACAGCGAUAUGCCUUCCCUCCCAUGCAUAGCCUCCCUCAUUAUUAACAUUCCCCACCAGAAUGGUAUAGUUGUUGCAACUGACAACUCUCCAUUGAUGGGUCAUUAUCACCUACAGUCCACAUUAGGGUUCACUCUUGGUGUUGCACAUUCUGUAGGUUUGGACAAAUGUAUAAUAUGUAUCCAGCAUUACAGGCUCUUGCAGAUAGUUUCACUGCCCUAAAAAUCCUCUGUGCUCUGCCUGCUCUUCCCUCCUGCCCCCUAACCCCUGGCAACCACGAAACUUAUUGCUGUCUCCGUAGUUUUCCAGCAUGUCGUAUAGUUGGAAUCAUAUGAUAUGUAGCUUUUUCAAACUUGCUUCUUUUACUUAGUAAUAUGCAUUUAAGAUUCCUCCAUAUCUUUUCAGGGCUUGAUAGUUCAUUUCUUUUUAGUGCCAAAUAAUACUCCACUGUCUGGAUGUACUACAGUUUAUUUACCCAUUCACCUUCUCAAGGACAUCCUGGUUGCUUCCAAGUUUUGGCAACUAUAUAGCAGUUGAAUACAACUGCUAUAAACAUCUGUGUGCAGGUGCAGGAUUUAUGUGGAUAUAGGUUUCCGACACCUCUGGGUAAAUACUGGCAAAGAGUCUUCCAGAGUGGCUGAACCAUUCCACGUCCCCACCAGCAGUGAAUGAGAGCUCCUUUUGCUCCACAUUCUCACCAGCAUUUGGUGGUGUCUGUGUUCUGGAUUUCGACCUUUCUAAUGGGUGUGUGGUGCGGUAUCUCACUGUUGUCUUAAUUUCCCUGAUGACAUACGAUGUGGAGCAUCUUUUCAUAUGCUUUUUUUUUUUUUUUGACAUCUAUAGAUCUGCUUUAGUGACAUGGCUGUUAAGAUGUUUGGCUCAUUUUUAAAUUGGUUUGUUUUCUCAAUGUUGAGUAUUAAGAGUUCUUUGUAUAUUUUAGAAAACGGUAUUUUAUCUGAUAUGCCUUUGAAAAUAUUUUCUCAGUCUGUGCCUUGUCUUCUUGACACUGUCUUUUACAAAGCAUAGGUUUUUAAUAUAUAUAUAUAUUUUUUUGACAGAGUCUCACUCUGUUGCCCAGGCUGAAGUGCAGUGGCACAAUCUCGACUUACUGCAACCUCUGCCUCCUGGGUUCAAGUAAUUCUCCUGCCUCAGCCUGCUGAGUAGCUGGGAUUACAGGUGCCCACCACCACACCCAGCUAAUUCUUGUAUUUUUAGUAGAGACAGGGUUUCGCCACGUUGGCCAGGCUGGUCUUGAACUCCUGACCUCAGGUGAUCCACCUGCCUCUGCCUCCCAAAGUGCUGGGAUUACAGGCAUGAGCCACCGCACCCACCCUACUGGUUUUUAAUUUUAAGGAAGUCCGGUUUAUUUCUUUUAUACAGAAUGCCUUCGGUGUUUUAUUUAAAAAGUCAUUGCUAAACCCAAGGUCUCUAGGUUUUCUCCUAUGUUAUCAUCUAGUAGUUUUAUAGUUUUGCAUUUUACAUUUAGGUCUAUGGUCCACUUUAAGUUACUUUUUGUGAAGGAUGUAAGAUCUGUGUCUAGAUUCAUUUUGUUUGCAUGUGGCUGUCCAGCUGUC